UUUAUCUGGCUCAAAGUAUCAGUUCACUGUGCAAUAUAGCUCCAGCUGGCUCACGGUUACCUUCAGUCCUUGAUUUUAGCACCUUUCUCUGUUAUGAAGAUGAGGAAUCUUCUUUUGGCAGUUGUUCUGGGACUUCUUGCUGCUGUCCAUUCAACACCUGUUAAUACUGUGACCCAGAACCCUGACAACCCCGAUGAAGGCUUUCUCAAGGAUGCCAUGACGGAGGGGUUCAUUGUUGGUCCAUCACCUACGCUUACAACAGAAACACCCAAAAUAAAUGCCACAGUUCAAGCAUCACAGACACCGGUAUACAACUCUGAAGAUAUGACCGAAGGAAGUGCUGCUGGAAAGAUCAGUGACAUCUCAACAACGUCCAUUUCACCGCAUGAAACCACAACGCUGAGUAUUUCACAUGCUCAGACCUCUGCAUUCAUAGGGAGUCCCGUGUCUGAGGGCAGUGGUUUAGGAGAGACCAGUGACGAAUCACCGAUCCCCUUCACACUCGAUACCACAACAACGAAUGCCACAAAUGCGCCGACUUCUAACUCCACAGAGAGCUACGUGUUUGAGGGCAGUGCUGUUGAAUCACCGAUCCCCUUCACACUCGAUACCACAACAACGAAUGCCACAAAUGCGCCGACUUCUAACUCCACAGAGAGUUACAUGUUUGAGGGGAGUGCUGUCGAAUCAACAAUCCCAAUCGCACUUGAUACCACAACAGCAACGCAUGCUCCGACCUCGGACUUCACAGAGCGUUACAUGUUAGAGGGGAGAGGUUCAGGAUAUGCCUCACCUUCCCUCAUUAGCCAUACCACCACAACAUCAGUGCCAAGUGAAGACCAGUCAAGCAAGACUUCAAACAGCAACGUCCUCUCGCAAACUACUGAUCCUGCUGUCUCUACCAGUGACGUCACAACGAACCUGGAUUCUGGUUCAGGGUCUGAACUGGUAGAAACUACCACUGUAUCAUCAAAAGUAUCAAGACAAAAUCGAAAUUUUCUGUACAAUAAUAAAGGCCAACAAGCAUCACAGACACAGACGCAGACGACGAACACUGAACCAACACACAAAGGACAUGUUACACCUGAUUGGAUCAUCAUCCUUGGCUUUAUCGUUGGUGUUGCAGCACUUGUAAUACUCUGCGUUGCCAUCGCAACCAGACACAAGUGGAAUGGACCGAACCAGGCAAACCUGACAGUGGCUACAAAUAACCAGCAGAGGGAGCGAGAGAUGGAGACUUUCCUGCCUAAUGAGAAGCCCAAGGAGAAUGGAAAUUCAGGGGAGUACACUGUCAUUCCCCUGGAAGAUAUUCCACAAAAUGGUCCCUCACACUGAGAUCCAGAAACAAACCCUCUGGAGAACAGAACCAUGAGACUGUGUUUGAAGCACAAUAAUUUAAAAGAGGAACAAAAUUGUCCAAACUGCUGAGCAAAAGGGGAUUUGUGGACUUUCACGCCUCUGAUUCUUGUCUGAAUGACAACAAUAUUUCAUUUUUUUUUUCCCCCACUGACUUUGAAACACUUUGAUGACACCUUUAGUUGCAGUAAAUUUUGGUUAGUCUAUUUAUUGCCUUAUUGAGUUUUUUUUCUUUCUUUUUUAAAUUUUUAAAUUAUGUGUUGGUCAGGUAAAGUGCAGUAAUGUCAUUUAUUUCAAAUAGAGCUAAACUCUCCUCAGUGUUUUUUUUCUCUGUUUUUCGUUGUAAUUCACGUGGUUUCCUUUUUUCCAGCUGUUUUUUUUUUUUUUUUUGUUAAAAGUGUCAUUUGUUACAAUGUUAUUGUAAUGUUUGCUUAAUAAUCUUAUUGAAGACUGUGUUGUGGACUGUAACUUAUAUUAAGCUGCUCUGUUGUUUUUGUUGUGGAAUCCUGGAGUACUGAAUGGUACUCAGCUCACUGAGUCUAGUUCCUCUUGAGAGCCUACACAGCACUUCAGCUGUGGUAACAUGCACUUACUGAACAUUCAUAUGCUGUACUGCAUCCUGCCUCCUAUGAGGAAUAAUCACAAUGGUAGCUCAUCAAUAAACAUUUAUUUGCUUCCAAUAA